UAAACCGCAGACCCCGUCACUCAGACUUGGCCCAGACAGACUUUCAUGUGGCUGGGUGUGAAAGCUCCCGUCUGAUUGGCCGGGUGGCCACGGUCCGAAUGAGAGCGGCGUCGCCAUUGGCCGAGUCGGGCUGAGAGACGACGCUCCACGCUCACCAUGUCUCCUUUUGCUUUGUAGCGAAAAAAAAAAAAAAAAAACAAGUUAUAGAGAGAGAGAGAGAGCAGCGCGAGCCAGGAUGGGCAGAGUGAGACAGAGAGACUGACACACAGAUAUACAGAUAGGUAGAGGAGGAGAAAAAAAGAGAGAGGGAGCGUGAGAGAGAGGAGAAGGAAGCCCGGACCCCUGGUCGAGACUCGCCAUGUCUCUGAACCCCCCCAGCAGUGGCGACGCCUGCCUCAGCAUCGUGCACAGUCUCAUGUGCCACCGGCAGGGCGGGGAGAACGAGUCCUUCGCCAAGCGCGCCAUCGAGAGCCUCGUCAAGAAACUGAAAGAGAAGAAGGAUGAGCUGGACUCCCUCAUCACAGCCAUCACCACCAACGGAGCGCAUCCGAGCAAGUGUGUGACCAUCCAGAGGACCCUCGACGGGCGGCUGCAGGUGGCGGGUCGGAAAGGGUUCCCUCAUGUGAUCUACGCUCGCUUGUGGCGCUGGCCCGACCUGCACAAGAACGAACUCAAACACGUCAAGUUCUGUCAGUUCGCCUUCGACCUGAAAUACGACAACGUGUGCGUCAACCCGUACCACUACGAGAGGGUGGUGUCACCGGGCAUCGCAGGUCUCAGCCUUCAGAACACAGGUCUCAGCCUUCACAACACGGGUAAGGAGAGCAGCGUGCGCAAACCACACGACCCCCACAAAAUGCAUGCUGUUCGUUUUCUGUUGAUCUUUAUUUAUUAGUAUUAUUAAGAGGAUGUGUUUUGUUAUGUUAUUCUGGUUCUCAGUGUAACCCUGCCCCUCUCCCCUGUCUCUCUAGCACCCCCCUGGCAGGCUCAUCAAGGAGGAGUUUAUCCAUGACUGUGUGCAGCUGGACGGUCCCCUCGGCCUGCCCCCCCAGCCGGACCCUCACUCCAUCGGGAUGAAGCACGGCCCCCCGGAUCCCUACGGACAGCCCCUGCCCCCCCUGCAGCUUCCCGAGAGCUCCAGACCCCCCCCUGGCAGCCUGUACCCCAACAUCCCGCUCUCUCCAGCCAGUAA